AUGGGCGUUCUCAUGGUGCUGCUGUCCAUCUCGCUGCUCAUCCAGAUCAGCCACGUCACGAAGACGGUGCUGAUGGUGGUGAUCACCGUGUCGCAGUGCCUUGUCAACCUACUCACGGUCGCCGCCGUCUACGACGAGCACGACAGGAACCUGAUCAUCAAGCAAGCAUCGUACGUUGCCAACGUCAGCCUUACCACGCCGCCGUCGCCGCCGCCGCUGCCACUACUCACCACGUCACCAAAACUCUUUGUCGGCACCAAAUACAGCGUUAGCUUCAUGAUGGUGGUGGUCGUAAUUGCCGUGCUUUACCUGAACAGACAUAUCGAGAUCAUGUCGCGCAAGCUGUUCCUGCGUAAGACGCAGGUCGCAGAACAGCGCACCGUCGUCGAGAGCAUGCGUCGCAAAAACCAGGACCUCGUCUUCAAUCUACUGCCGACACACGUCGCCGCGCACUUUCUAGGUGCCAAGAAGGAGGACGAGGAACUAUACGCACAGUCAUACGACGAGGUUGGGGUCAUGUUUGCCUCCGUGCCAAACUUCAGUGAUUUCUACAAUGAGGACGGAGCCAACAAUCAAGGAAUAGAGUGCCUUCGAUUCCUGAACGAAGUGAUAUCCGAUUAUGACGCUCUGUUGAGCGAACCGAUGUUUCACAACAUCACAAAGAUAAAGACGAUAGGAUCUACCUACAUGGCGGCGAGCGGCAUGGCACGCUCUAUCACGGCAAAGUGCACGGACACGACGCAGGUGACGGAGCGCUGGCAACAUCUCAUGGAGCUCACAGAGUUCGCGAUGGCGAUGAAGGAGACGCUGUGCACGAUCAACGCUCAGUCGUUCAACAACUUCGUCCUGCGGAUAGGUAUUAACAACGGCCCGAUACUUGCUGGAGUUAUUGGAGCUAGGAAGCCACACUACGACAUCUGGGGUAACACGGUGAACGUGGCCAGUCGCAUGGAGAGCACAGGUCAGGCAGGGCACAUACAGGUCAUCGAGAGCACCAUGGUGAUUCUGAAACAGUUUGGCUACAUGUUCGAGAAGCGAGGCAUCGUCACGGUGAAGGGAAAGGGCGAAAUGCUCACCUACUAUCUCAUCGGCAAGCAGGACGUACGCGCGACCAUAACGGCACUUCCGAACACACCUGACAUUGAUAUCCCAACGGUGACUUCCUACAAGUAGCAAGAGAACGACCGUGGCACUGUGGAGAAAAUACCGUGGAGAAAUGCAGCAGCCAACAAACGGCUAUACAGGAAUAAACAACGCAGAAAUAAUAGAUAAAAUAGGACAUUAGGAUAGGCUAUUAUAGGAUAUUAUCAGGAGUAAGAUAAUAUAGAAUCUUCUAUAUUAUCUUACUCCUGAUAUUAUCA